CUGCUUUAUUCCGUGGAUCAACUCCGAGGUUUUCUUAACCAAGCAACUCGCUUGGGCGCAGUGCCCUCGGGCUGGACCGUUCCACCCUGUCGUUUCAGGUUUCGCGCUGGGCCAAGAUACAAAAGGGCAAUGAUUUUCGCUUUAAUACUUUGCUGGGUCUCCACGGCCGCGGCCUUUUCAGCCAUCGCUCCCCCACAUCCACACGAGACGCUGAUCGUCGACACGCGAGUUCCUGUUCUCAUCGAGGAUGAUUGGAUCAUGAUGUCUCGGGAGGAGCACCAACGAUACAUUCGAAGAAGAGCAGAUGCAGAGUCGGGCUCGGAUUCAGCCACCAGUGACAAUGUCAAGACAACCACAAUCUCAAUAGGAAUUACCACCAGCACAGGGAAAACGACCUCGACGACUACAUCGCGAAGGACGACGACCACCGAUGUUGCAAGUGCGCUGCCGAGUCCCUUCGACAACUCGAUCGCUUCAAACUUCUCCGGCGAUGGCUGCCAAAGUUUCGUUACGGAUCUGUUGUCAAACUCGACUUUCAAACAAUGCUACCCAUUUUCCAUGCUCGUUCAGGGUUCGAUGUCCAUGUUUAACGCCGAAAAAUCGCUUGUGAGCAUAACACAAGUCCUUGACGCAACUUGUGGCGCCAACGUCACUUUCUGUGAGGACUACCUGGAUGGUGUGGCGGACGACCUGGUUGAUUCAGCAAAUUGCGCCGACGAGUAUGCGCAAGAAAACUCGCUGGUAGUACAGGUCUACCAAGGUCUGAAAGCCUAUCAGCCUCUAUACAGCGCGUCAUGCUUACAGGACGCCGAGACAUCGGCAUACUGUUUCGCCAACGCCGUUACAAACUCUAGCGCCAUCGCUGACGUCUAUCUUUAUUACCUGCCGCUGAAUAUCAGCUACCCGAACAGCACGACGCCGGAUUGCAAUCAAUGUACGCAGCACAUGAUGGGGUUCUUCCAAGCUGCGACGGCCGACAGGAGCUCGGCCAUAGCCAAUACCUACACAAAAGCCGCGAACGCCGUCAACGCGCAGUGCGGCAGCGGUUAUGUGAAUGCGACUCUACCGGAGGCAGUAAUCAGCAAUUUCGCCGGGCCGACACAGCCAGCUCCAUCUUUGCUGCUCUUUUCGCUGCUUAUUGUGGCGCUAUCUCAAUGGCUCCUAUAACAAAUCUAGCCGAGCACACAUAUACGACAUCACAUUAGCAGCAUUGGAUUUUGGUAGCCGGAGUCAACUGGGGAAUGGGUUUUACGGUAUCCCCAAAAAUUUUGGAAAACGGAUAUUGGGUUUUUAUUUAUUU